UCUUGAAGACAACACUGUCAGCAGGAUCCAUUUCUGUUCUUUGAGAAAUUAAAGUCAAAAGAGUAUAUAAAUCAUGUAUAAAGUUGGGUUAUGGAUCUGCUCUGUACUGCUGUGCUUGGCAUCAGUGUCAUAUGGACAAAACCUUAAUUGCACCAACAUUCCUGCUGUUCCAACAAAACCACAAGAUGCUGAAAUUUCAGCAAUACUGUCAAGCGCAAAUGAAAAUAUCGUAGUUUGCGACAACAUCAUACCAUUCCUGAAUCCUUUCAUCGCAAGUCUCAAGUUGUCUGGUGUAGAGCAGCAGAUAAAUCAAACUUGCAAGUUGAUAGAUCAUCUUAACGUCCGACUGGAAAUCAUUACCCGACGACUUAAUUGUGGACUUGUGGUAAGCGUACAAGAGGCUAGGAAUUUGCAGCAAACGUUGGAAAACGAUCAAGUUUCAAGCAGAGUAUUAAACGGCGUGAAAGCCAGACUUAUAGUGAUCAAAAACCGUCUUCAAGCUAUUAUUACACCUGCGGUACCAUAAACUUAUAAAUGUAUUUUUCACGCCCACUAUUUCUUGUAAAAGUAAGAAGAAAAAAAAAAUCCGUUUACUUUGACCUCUGUUAUAUU